UUCUCUUCACUUCGCUCCCCGCCAACCGCAACCAUUGACGCCAUGUCGAGUUACUCGAGCGACCGGGACCGCGGCCGGGAUCGAGGGUUUGGGGCCCCUCGAUUUGGAGGGAGUAGAGCAGGCCCCCUCUCUGGAAAGAAGUUUGGAAAUCCCGGGGAGAAACUAGUUAAAAAGAAGUGGAAUCUUGAUGAGCUGCCCAAAUUUGAGAAGAACUUCUAUCAGGAACACCCAGAUUUGGCUAGGCGCACAGCACAAGAGGUGGAGACAUACAGAAGAAGCAAGGAAAUUACAGUGAGAGGUCACAACUGUCCAAAGCCAGUUUUGAAUUUCUAUGAAGCAAACUUCCCUGCAAACGUCAUGGAUGUGAUUGCAAGGCAGAACUUCACUGAACCCACUGCUAUUCAAGCUCAGGGAUGGCCAGUUGCUCUAAGUGGAUUGGAUAUGGUUGGAGUGGCGCAGACUGGAUCUGGGAAGACAUUGUCUUAUUUGUUGCCUGCCAUUGUCCACAUCAAUCAUCAGCCAUUCCUGGAGAGAGGUGAUGGGCCUAUUUGUUUGGUGCUGGCACCAACUCGGGAACUGGCCCAGCAGGUGCAGCAAGUGGCUGCUGAAUACUGUAGAGCUUGUCGUUUGAAGUCUACUUGCAUUUAUGGUGGUGCUCCCAAGGGACCACAGAUACGUGAUUUGGAGAGAGGUGUGGAAAUCUGUAUUGCAACACCUGGGAGACUGAUUGACUUUUUAGAAUGUGGAAAAACUAAUCUGAGAAGAACAACGUACCUUGUCCUUGAUGAAGCAGAUAGAAUGCUUGAUAUGGGUUUUGAACCCCAAAUAAGGAAGAUUGUGGAUCAGAUAAGACCUGAUAGGCAAACCUUAAUGUGGAGUGCAACUUGGCCAAAAGAAGUAAGACAGCUUGCUGAAGAUUUUCUAAAAGACUAUAUUCAUAUAAACAUUGGUGCACUAGAACUGAGCGCAAACCACAACAUUCUUCAGAUAGUGGAUGUGUGUCAUGAUGUAGAAAAGGACGAAAAACUUAUUCGUCUAAUGGAAGAGAUUAUGAGUGAGAAGGAGAAUAAAACCAUUGUUUUUGUUGAAACAAAAAGAAGAUGUGAUGAGCUUACCAGAAAAAUGAGGAGAGAUGGGUGGCCAGCCAUGGGUAUCCAUGGUGACAAGAGUCAACAGGAACGUGACUGGGUUCUAAAUGAAUUCAAACACGGAAAAGCUCCUAUUCUGAUUGCUACAGAUGUGGCCUCCAGAGGGCUAGAUGUGGAAGAUGUGAAAUUUGUCAUCAAUUAUGACUACCCUAACUCCUCAGAGGAUUAUAUUCAUCGAAUUGGAAGAACUGCUCGCAGUACCAAAACAGGCACAGCAUACACUUUCUUUACACCUAAUAACAUAAAGCAAGUGAGCGACCUUAUCUCUGUGCUUCGAGAAGCUAACCAAGCAAUUAAUCCCAAGUUGCUUCAGUUGGUCGAAGACAGAGGUUCAGGUCGUUCCAGGGGUAGAGGAGGCAUGAAGGAUGACCGCCGGGACAGAUACUCUGCAGGCAAAAGGGGUGGAUUUAAUACCUUUAGAGACAGGGAAAAUUAUGAUAGAGGUUACUCUAGUCUGCUUAAGAGAGAUUUUGGGGCAAAAACUCAAAAUGGUGUUUACAGCGCUGCAAAUUACACCAAUGGGAGUUUUGGAAGUAAUUUUGUGUCUGCUGGUAUACAGACCAGUUUUAGGACUGGUAACCCAACAGGGACUUACCAGAACGGUUACGAUAGCACUCAGCAGUAUGGAAGCAAUGUUGCAAAUAUGCACAAUGGUAUGAAUCAACAGGCGUAUGCAUAUCCUGCAACUGCAGCUGCACCCAUGAUUGGCUAUCCCAUGCCAACAGGAUAUUCUCAGUAAGACUUCAGAAGUAUAUGUAAAUGUCUGUUUUUCAUAAUUGCUCUUUAUAUUGUGUGUUAUCAGACGAGAUAGUUAUUUAAGAAACAUGGGAAAUGCAGAAAUGACUGCAGUGCAGCAGUAAUUAUGGUGCACUUUUUCGCUAUUUAAGUUGGAUAUUUCUCUACAUUCCUGAAACAAUUUUUAGGUUUUUUUUGUACUAGACAAUGCAGGCAGUGUUUUCACAAAAGUAACUGUACAGUGAUUUGAAAUACAAUAAAUGAAGGCAAUGCAUGGCCUUCCAAUAAAAGAUAUUUGAAGACUGACUUAGUGGAAAUUGUACUUUAUUUUAAAUAUAUGAUGUCUGUAAAACUUGGCUUAGGUGGUAUGGGAUUUUUCCUUUUUAGUCAUAAAGUGACUGCUUGCCAUUCUUGGGGGUGGGGUAUCAAGGCCCUUUCAAAAAAAAUCUUCAUUUCGCAAGAGUCAAAAUCUGAAGUUUAUCUCCAAGCCAAACUGCAUAAAAGCUUUUGUCAGUAGUUUCCAACAUCAGGGAAGUUCAUUUUAAUAAGCCUACUUUACUUCUUUGUUAGAAUAAAUGAAAACCAGGAUAAUAGGGAAUAAUCAGCUUUGUAGUGUGAACAUGGAUGACUGUUCCUUUAGAGAGUUUAAAAAGCUUCAAAUACCUUUUUGCAAAAGAUUAUACUUUAACUAUAUUGUGGGUUACCAAGUGAACAAAAGCAAAAGAUUGAUUAAGCCCAAGAGCUAAGUUUGAGUCUGGAUUUGCACAGUGUUCUUAGUGCAGGUUAGAGAUUCUAGUCUUAAUUGACUUCUGGGGUUCAUAACUAGUCACACUGGGAGUCGUGAAUGUUUUUAUAAUAAUUCAGGGAAUUCUACAGGUCUUCAAAUUGUUAAGGUCUAUCAUAUUCUUAACACAAGAAAAAAACCUCAUCAAAAUGAUUGAUCAGGAAGUAAUAACCAAAAGCACAGUAUGAAUGCAGUACAGGUCUUAAUGUUAGAUUCAACACAAGUUCAUUGCUAGGACAAUAGGGAGUGGCUUUGGAUAUAACCUGGCUCACAAGCCCUUGUGAUUUAUUUCAGUAGUGGCUAAAACGUAGGCCUGAACGUCUUCCCAGGGAGUUUGGUGUGUUUUACCGGGAAAAGGGUCUUCCACGAGGCUUCAUUUAAAUUGGUGACUAAACAGGCUUUGAUGUUCAUGCCUUACCUCUAAAAUGUAAAACAAUACGCUGGGGUCGGGGGUGGUGUUUCUAGUACUAAACAUUGAAAACUGAUUCAGACCAAUACCCUGAGCAGUUGUCAGUGGCAUGUGGUUAGUCAUAUUCAUGAUUCUUAACCUAGAAAAAGCUUUUGGGGUAGGUUGGAGCUUUUAUUACGUAUUUUACUGUUUAAAUGUCUAACAUGGGCCUUCUAAUUUGUAAACAUGGAAACGAUUGUGGGCUGUGGGGGAACAAACCAUUUACCUAUUUAACUUUGACGUUUUAAAAGACAGUCCACGUUUUAGCAUGUGUGUUUUGUCCAGCCUGUGGUUGUCUUUAACUAAUAAACGUGAUUUUUCUCCCA